CGCCCCACCCACAUACUUCUGUAAACCACCUUGCGUAUGGAAGUAUGGCGGCACCAGCGACACAACUACAACUCGGCCAAAGUUUAGUGCACAGAUUUUCACGUGAAAACAAUGAGUGAGUCCAGGGACAGAGGGGUCGGUAGCUGUAAACAGAGGACAGGACUUGCAGAAAGAGUCGUCGGUCUCUGGCCGGCUGAAUCUCCUCGAUUUCUCUUCACCUCCCUGAUUGAAGUUCCUUUAGUCCGGGUACCACAGGGGGAGAGACUCCGCAACACGGGAAGAGUGGACACGGAAGUUUGAAACAGACUGAAAACUUUGGCUUUGGAAGACUGUUUGCAACAAUUAAGUUGUGGCAACCGGAGAGUUAUUUGGGAGACUUUUCUGUGCACUUGUGUGGAGUGUAAACAGCGACUCGGACAGAGCCAACUGUUGAAUGCUCGAUGUGCAUUAGUUAGCCUCUAUGGCUAACUUAACCAUUAGCUUGAGGACGUCAGCUAACCAACAAUGUAAAUAUUCCAAGACAAUACUACUUUGAAACACCGAUCUCUGACCUCUGAGGCAUUCAGUCUCCAUUACAGUAUGAUAAACAGAGACACAAAGGAGUGAAAGGGAUCUACAAAGGUGAAAGACAUUACCCACACUCCAGUGGAAGACGGACUGAGCCAGGGAAAGGGGUUCCCGUCCUGUCCUUACCCCUUCCCUGACUGGUGGCCAACUGUUUGACGGUGAGCAACAAAGUCCAGCUUGGAGAGUCCCGGCUGCGGCCUGGCACCCUGCCCUUAUGGGGCAGCAGCCGGGAAAGUUUGUAGGGGACCAGAGGAGACCCAGUCUGCCAGCCUUCAUCAAGGGUGGAAAGAGAGAGUCGUCACGCCAUGGCACCCAGCCCUGUAACGUUUUUGCUGUGCACGAAGCUCUCCAGAGACCGGACUUUGAGAGUCAGGGUCUGACAGAAGCAGCUCGCUGGAACUCCAAAGAGAACCUGUUGGCUGGACCCAGCGAGAAUGACCCCAACCUGUUCGUUGCACUCUAUGAUUUUGUCGCAAGCGGUGACAACACACUCAGCAUUACAAAAGGGGAAAAGCUGCGUGUCCUGGGUUACAACCACAAUGGCGAAUGGUGCGAGGCACAGACCAAGAAUGGCCAGGGCUGGGUGCCGUCCAACUACAUCACCCCCGUCAACAGCCUGGAGAAGCACAGCUGGUACCACGGGCCUGUGUCGCGCAACGCCGCAGAGUACCUGCUCAGCUCGGGCAUCAACGGGAGCUUCCUGGUCCGAGAGAGCGAGAGCAGCCCCGGCCAGAGGUCUAUCUCUCUGCGGUACGAGGGGAGAGUCUACCAUUACAGGAUUAACACGGCGUCUGACAGCAAGCUCUACGUCUCAUCAGAAAGCCGAUUCAACACGCUUGCCGAGCUGGUGCACCACCAUUCCACGGUUGCUGACGGCCUCAUCACCACGCUGCACUACCCGGCGCCGAAACGCAACAAGCCCACCAUCUAUGGAGUUUCUCCCAACUACGAUAAGUGGGAGAUGGAGCGCACUGACAUUACCAUGAAGCACAAACUGGGAGGGGGCCAGUACGGGGAGGUUUAUGAGGGGGUUUGGAAGAAGUACAACCUCACUGUGGCUGUCAAGACACUAAAGGAGGACACUAUGGAGGUGGAGGAGUUUCUCAAGGAGGCUGCUGUUAUGAAAGAAAUCAAACACCCCAAUCUGGUACAACUGUUAGGUGUGUGCACACGGGAGCCGCCGUUCUACAUAAUCACAGAGUUUAUGACCCAUGGGAACCUUCUAGACUACCUGAGGGAGUGCAACAGAGAGGAGGUCAAUGCAGUGGUGCUGCUCCACAUGGCCACACAGAUCUCCUCUGCCAUGGAGUACCUGGAGAAAAAGAACUUUAUCCACAGGGACUUAGCUGCACGGAACUGUCUUGUUGGAGAGAAUCACCUGGUGAAGGUUGCAGACUUCGGCUUGAGCAGGUUAAUGACCGGAGACACCUACACAGCUCAUGCUGGGGCCAAAUUCCCAAUCAAGUGGACUGCUCCAGAGAGCCUGGCCUACAACAAGUUCUCUAUCAAGUCUGACGUCUGGGCAUUUGGCGUCCUGCUUUGGGAGAUCGCCACCUAUGGGAUGUCCCCCUACCCCGGCAUUGACCUGUCCCAAGUGUAUGAGCUGCUGGAGAAGGACUACCGCAUGGACCGACCUGAGGGCUGCCCUGAGAAGGUCUAUGAGCUCAUGAGAGCCUGUUGGAGGUGGAACCCUUCAGAGCGUCCAUCUUUUGCUGAAACACACCAAGCUUUUGAGACCAUGUUCCAAGAGUCCAGCAUCUCUGAUGAGGUUGAAAAGGAGUUGGGAAAGAAAGGGAAGAAGGCGACCUUAGGCUCCAUCCAGCAAGCUCCAGAGCUGCCCACUAAAACCAGAACUCUCCGUAAAAACGCCGACAACCGGGAUGGAGAUAGUCCAGACCCAUUGGAUGCAGAAGCAGCUGUCUCAUCUCCCAUGCUCCCAAGAAAAGAGCGCCCCCUCCUGGACAGUAACUUGAAUGAGGAUGACCGCCUGCUCCCCAAAGACAAGGACAAGACCCGAGGCAGUGGUUUCCUCAGUCUGAUCAAGAAGAAGAAGAAGAACGCCCCAGCCCCGCCUAAACGCAGCUCCUCUUUCAGAGAGAUGGACAUCCACCCCGACAGGAGGGGCAUCACUUCAGAUCCUCGAGAGGCUGACGGCUUCAACAACGGCGCCAACAUUAAUGACGUCACACACGGCCUGGACUCUGCAAAGUUCCUAAGUAUUAACAAUAACGGAGGAGGGGGAAUCACCAACGGGGCUCCGACCUACCCAGGACCCUUGUUUCCCAGGAAGAAGGGAGCUCCUGCAGUGCCUGGACCUGGAGGGAAAGCAGCUACGACCCCGCCCAGCGAGGAGGAAACCAUGUCUAACUCUAAACGUUUCCUCUGGUCCUCCAGCAUGCCCUCAGGCUCAGACGGCACCGAAUGGAAGUCAGUCACGCUGCCACGAGACCUCGGCCAGCGACACUUUGACUCGGGCACCUUUGGAGGGAAGCCGGCUCUGCCACGCAAGAGGACCAGCGAGCAGAAAGGGGAAAACAUGCCUCGAAUGGGCACCCUGACCCCCCCGCCACGUCUCAACACCUCUUCAGACGUUUCUGCUUUCUUAGGUAAAGACUCUGAGCCCAGUCCUGGUUCCAGUCCCCAGGCUUUGACACCUAAGGUCGUAAGGAAACCAGGGUUACCUGGGCUGGAAAACUCGAGGACCAGCGCUCUUCACGCUGAGCUCCAAAAGCCCAAUGUGUUCCCGGCUUUGGGAGCAGCGGGGGAAGAGUGCCGAGCCCGCAGGAACAAGCACUCUUCGGACUCUGUCAGGGAAAGAGGGAAGAUACAGAAACCCAAGCCAGCCCCACCUCCACCACCCACCAAUGCCAAAUCAGGCAAGAAUUCCCGCAGUCACACCCAGGAUCCCCCGUCCCCCUCAGACAUCAAAGCUAAGGGCCUCCUUUCUGUCUCAGAUCCCCACCACACAACCACCAGCAGUGACCAAGCACGCUCACCGCACAGUGAGGGCUCCAAAAAGCUGCCCCUGGGCUCCCCUUCCAAACCUCAACCAUUAAAGACCUCCACCUCCUCCUCCUCAGUGCCCACCUCCCUCUCCAGCCAGAGUCUCGGAGGCUUCUCUUCUUCCCUCACCUCCCCCGGAGACCAGAACUUGCCCAACGCUUUCAUCCCUCUAGUGAACACCCGGCGCUCCCUCCGCAAGACCGCACCUCGUCAGGGUUCGGAGCGCACCCCCAACUCGGCCGUGACGCGGGAGAUGGUGCUGGAAGGCACCGAGCUCCUCCGCACUGCCAUUUCCCGCAACUCGGAACAGACGGGUAGCCACAGCGCCGUGCUAGAGGCGGGAAAGAACCUGUCCAAAUACUGCAUUAGCUACGUCGACUCCAUACAGCAGAUGAGGAACAAGUUCGCCUUCCGCGAGGCCAUCAACAAGCUCGAGAGCAGCCUGCGUGAGCUGCAGAUCUGCCCCACGGCCACAGGGGGCGCCAACGCACAGCAGGACUUCAACAAGCUGCUGUCCUCUCUCAAAGAGAUCAGUGACAUUGUUAAAAGGUAGCACCGUAAAAAUCAUACACUACCAACAUAUGAAACUAAUGAGAACUUUAUCGUACACUACCCUUUUUCCUGAGCAUGCACAUGUUUGUGGUUCAUGCCGAGCUCGUGUUGGAGAUUGGAGGGUAAAUCCUGCAGUAGAGCAGCAGCAGCAGCAGAGUGUAGGUUUGUAUGACUCAACACUCUGAAACACUUAAGCCUGUGGUUGUUGUGGAUGGAAUCAAAGGAAGCUGUGGAUGUCGUGAGUCAGUUUGCAAAAGCCUUAACCAUGAAUGAACUGUCUUUCAGCCUUAAUGAGAGGCUUGGGGCCAACUCUUUAUCAACAUGACUUUCACCAAUCAUUUCUGAAAGCCUCAUGUCUUUUGUAUUCUAGUUUUCCCCUUUAUCCUUGACACUAGUAAAAGGAAGACCUGUGAUAUUUGUUCCUGUGUCUGUUACGGUGUUUGAGCUUUGAUGCCCAUGACAAUGAACACAAUGAAACACUUAACCUCAUCUAACUUUAGGAUGCCUUUAAUACGCUUAAAGGUCUGGUCUCAUUAAAAGUCUCAACCUAAAAUGAGUGGUUCUCUUGAAUCACAUAACAUGAUGCCUCUGUUGUUGCUUUCAUGCCAUGUCCUCAUGUGAUUGGUUGUAUGCUGAGUGAUGCAAAGGAAAGUGUUUCUGCAGUAUUUGCAACCAUGUGCCAUAAAGUAAUAAUGGGAGCAAAGAAAUAAGGCAGAAUGAGCCUUCUCCUUCAUGAACCCCUGCACACUUUGGUAACACAUAGUGCCUUAAACACUAUCGGCUGAAUUGUUCCGGGUGGUUAGGAAUAGUUGUGUUAAGUUCUUCGAUUGCCAUACCAAAAAUGUUUGUCUCCAGGCUGUACUGGAGAGGGACCAGGGUGCAAGAUCUGCAACUCAGCAGAUCUAAUUGACUCUUACUUCAUGUCGUCCUUGACUGGACCUUCUUUUGUUUGUUUUUUUUUACUCAGUUUUGUUUCGACUUUCUUUCUUACAUGCCAGUCACAAAAGCCAUCAGUAGCAGCCCCGCCUUGCAAAGAGGGAUCACAGACGGAAGCAGCUGACCCCAGAACGGCCUCUUUCAUGGAAGAGAACAAGUUCUGAUCAGGGGUUUUUGUUGUCGUCGUCUUGUGGUUAAAUUGCUGUUUCAGAAGCAUUUCCACCCCGGCAAAUAAAACAAACAUUAAUAUAUCCUGGGGGAAACACUGGACUGAAAUGCUAAUGGAUGUCACUUGCUGUCUUAUAAAAUGAUGUAAAAAGUGAGAAGCUGACCACGUUGGACUUAAAGAAACUUAUGAAAUUCCACUCUAACAUCAGACGCUCAUUUGCGAUUGUUGGACGUUUUCAGUGUUUGCUCUUUCACCACAUGUGCCCCGUCUGACUGCGAUGCCUGAGGACAAGUCAACAACGAGCUGCCUUGACUUCAACACGGUACUGUCAGUGUUGGCUCCUUUUGUUUUGUUGUUUUUACAAGAUCCCACCCCUUUACAACCAUACCACUACUCUCCUUUCCUGUCGACGCACCCUCACCCAUUUUUGUAAACAAACUGCUUUCCUUUGUAAAUAUGAUUUCUGUUUCUCCCUCUAGCCUUGGUGCAAUUUUUGUUGCAAUAAAAUACAAAGCAGUUGUGCUACUUGAAAUACA